CCGGACCCCAGCCGCCUGGUCACCGCCUUUUCGCUGCUGUUACCGAUGGUGGUGAAGGCGUCCGCGACCCGGUUCCUCCCGGAGUGGGGCGCAGCCUCGCUCUGCCCGCUGACCUCUCUCUCCCUCUCCUCCCUCGCAGCCGCCCAGGGCCUGCGGUGUGUGCAGUGCGGGAGCAACGAGAACUGCCGGGCGGAGGAGUGUGCGCCGGGGCAGGAGCUCUGCAGGACCACGGAGCUGCGGGAAUGGGAAGACGACGAGGAGCUGACAGUGGUGACCAGAGGCUGCACCCACAGGGAGAAGACCAACCGCACCAUGAGCUACCGCGUGGGCUCCGCGAUCGUCAGCCUGGCGGAGACGGUGUGUGCCGGGGACCUCUGCAACAGGCCCAGACCCA